UUGCCCGACCUGAGCGUCUAGACUACCUACUAUGUAGACUACCACCACAGGACAACGACGAUGGUGAUGCCAGAUAACAGUUUCUGACCAAUUUCUCUUUAUCGGAAAGGAUCCCAGAGCACAACAUUUGACAUUAUAUCGUUUAACUCUUGAAUCAUCUGGGUUCACCCCAUUAGCUUCAUCCUGGAAAGAAAAGGUCAUACCACCAACCAUGAGCGCCCGAUCACGAUCAUCGUCACCGGAGUUUGAUCCUUUGGCCUUCGACCAGGAUUUCACUCCUCUGCCGGAGUACAAGGCCCCGACCGACACGGCUCUCGACUUUGGUGGUCUCCUGCCCGAGCCUUUGAAGCUACACGAAGAUUUAAAGACGGGAUGCGGAGGCCAGCUUUGGCCGGCCGGAAUGACUCUCGCCAAGCAUAUGCUGCGCUACCAUGGCGAUAAGCUGCAAAAGGCUCGGAUACUCGAGAUUGGCGCCGGCGGUGGCCUUGUCGGACUUGCAGUUGCCAAAGGCUGCAGCUUUGAAACUCCCAUGUACAUCACAGACCAACUGGAGAUGGAAGAGCUCAUGGCAUACAACACCACCUUGAAUGGCCUCAAUGACAAGGUCAAAUCCAUGAUCCUCAACUGGGGCGAGCCACUGCCAGAGGAAAUUGUUGCUCUCAAGCCUGAUACUAUUCUAGCCGCUGAUUGCGUCUACUUCGAACCCGCCUUCCCGCUCCUCCUUCAGACCCUGAAGGAUCUAUUGGCCCUUGAACCCAACGCCACCGUUUACUUCUGUUUCAAGAAGAGACGCCGUGCAGACAUGCAGUUUCUCAAGGCUGCCAGAAAGACUUUCAAGAUUACCGAGCUUGAGGACCAAGACCGGCCCGUGUUCUCUAGAGAAGGCUUGUUCCUGUACGCGUUUACCCGCAAAUAAGAAAUGAAAAAGAUUUCAGCACUUCAAAGUUCAGCCAGCAUCGCCAAAGGAUCUUCGACAGGUCGUCUCCGCGCCCAAAAGGAUUCAAAAGAGGCAUUUUAUCAAGAAGCCUCAAAUCAACCGACGAUGGCAAGCAAAGUGGGACGCGGAAUUGACGUUCUCGCCAGAAUCUGGCCAUGACAGGCAACAUCGCAUAUCCAAGGACACCGCACAUAUUACAAGGCGAAUGUGCGUUUGGUCGGCCUCUGGAGACGCCCCGCCACGUAACACGAGCCUGCUGAGCCCGCAUCUCGACUGCGACAACAACGUGCCCCACAUCUUAUCACUUAUUCGCAUGCAUGACGAACACCUGUGGAAAUCGAAUAAAGGAUAAGUUGCUGAACCUUGAUCACAUCAUUCUGGUCGUCCAGUCGUGUUGGUUCGUUGAGAGGUUGCGGAACCAGGCCUGACGUCCGAGGCCGGUCAAAAGGAAGGGAAAAGGACGCAUCUCCAUUC